GGCAGUGCAAGCCUCCUUGGCUCUCUUGCGCGUCUUGCCCAGGCUGCUUAUUUUACAUGCGCUACUAGUGGUCGGAUGGGUUGGUGGCCGCUCAGUGCCCACUGUGGCUGGCUAGGCGGGGACGGGGAGCUGGCGCUUUGAGGGUCCAGCUCAUGCGGAGGCCUUCAGCUCAGGAUGGAAUAAAAUGAGGGAGCGCGCACACGAGGCUUCGGACACUGCGUCUUUGUUUCUCUUCCUUCUUUCUUCCUUCUUGACUUUUCUGCAGCGGUUGCUCUGGUGGUGCUUAGAGUAAUCUCUCAGCGUAUUGGUCGAUUAGGGCCCAAUGAUGAUGAAGCGGCUCCCGGCGCUACCGCUCGUCUGGGCUACGCUCACGACUCUCCUCCUCCGCACAACUACCGCCUCUUCUUCCCCAUCAAUUGCGGCUCUUGCGCAGCGCGACGAUGACGACUCGAAGAACGCGUCCUCUGCCUUCGUGCACAGCACCGUGUACGGCAACAUUACCUUCGCGGUGAGCACGGUGACGCAGACGGGGGAUUUGUACUUUCAUCUCGAGGCGCCGGCGGAUAAUAGUUGGGUUGCGGUGGGGAGCGGGAAGGAGAUGAAGGGAAGUUUGAUGUGGGUUGUGUAUAAGAGCGAGGACGAGAAGGGCAUCACGCUCUCCCCACGCACCGCAACAGGCCACGUCGAACCCUCCUACGAACGCGACAUCCCCUGCAACUUGGACGAUACCGAAGGCGCCAGACCGACCGGCAUUGUCGACCGCAACGGCAAAUCCUACUUCAUCGUCAAUGCGCUCUGCCAUAACGUGAACAACCGCGCCAGCUUCAAGCGUUCGCUCGCCCGCAGAGAAGCCGACGACCUCGACAGCGACGGCAUACUCAAUUUCGACAACGACAAGCAGAACUUUAUAUUCGCAUGUGGCCCGACCGAUAGGCAUCUGCACGAUGAUAGCAAGGAAGUUGGCAUACGGAGGCACACGUUGUACGGCGGCUUCACGAUGGAUUUGAAGAGCGCAACGGUGGAGUCGUCGAUCGACGCGCAGAAGGCCCUGGCUGCUUUUGACACUGGCGCAUGGCAGAUGAAGAACGCGCAGCUUGUGAGUGGACCGGAGAAAGAUAGAGAUUGGUCGAGCGGUAUACACAGUCUGCUCAUGUGCGGCACUUUUGUGAUACUAUUCCCGAUCGGCGUCGUGUUCUUGCGGCUGCUAGAGAAGGUCAUGUGGCAUGCGAUUAUGCAGGGCAUUGGCGUGGUCUUCAUCGUAAUCGGUGUCGGGCUAGGUAUCUAUGUCGGACGCGAGUAUAACCAGUCCCGCACCGUCCGCUCAGCGCACCAAAUCCUCGGCCUCACCAUCGCCGCCCUGACCCUCCUCCAAUUCGGCCUCGGCCUCACUCACCACCUAAUCUACCGCCGCACGCAGAAGCCCACCCUCCUCGGCAAAAUCCACCUCUACCUCGGCCCCUGCGUCCUCGCCGGCGGCGCCUUGAACGGCUUCCUCGGGUUCCGCUUUUCCGGCGGCAGCUACCACAACAUCAUGUACGGCGCCAUCGUCGCCGUCAUAUUCAUUGUCCUCGCCGGGUUGCUCGUUUGGACUGCCAGGAGGAAGAAGACGAGGGGGAGGAGGAAGGCGGGAGGGGAGGCGUAUGAGGGUUUCGCGCAUAGGGGUGCGGAUACGGGGUAUGCGGGCCGGGAUCAUAUUCCGUUGAGGAGUGUGCCGUCUGAGGAGCCGCCGCCGUAUGAGGCUGCGAGGGGCGUGCAGCCUAGGAAUAUGGUGUAACGAGGGAUUUGGCGUCUUGUGCGGUUCAUACUUGGGUAAUUUGAGGGAUGGAAUGUGCGACAUCUAUCCGCAGCAAUCGGAAUCAAAUGAUCGUCAGCGAGUUGUGCCGGCUUCACCGCGUCCGAACGAGGCGGUUUGUGAUAGAGUAGCAGUAGCCUGCU